CAGAGAAAGAGAAGGAAAAAGGAAAAUGUUGGAAGUAAAUUGGUACAAGUAAGAAGCAAAAUCAGAAUCAGAGGCCAAUUCAAAGUAAAACAGAAGCAAAGAAACCAUUAACAUAACAUAAACUCUUUGUUAUGUGAAAGCCUUUAGCAUACAAAGUCAUAAAAUUGUCAAAACCAUGUUGUUUUGCAAAGAAGAGGGAGGUGGAGGCUAAAGCAAAGAAACAAAGAAGCACAGAGAAAAGAGAGAAAGAAAGAAAGAGUCUUCUUUAGUUGGCUGGCUGCAGCCUUGCUUUUUUUUCUUUCUGGGAAUUUCAGCUUUUUGAAGGCUCUUGUUUUGCAGAAUUGGAAAUUUUUUAGUUUCAUGAGAUCGAAAGAGUAAUGCUGGAAAUAUGGGAAAGAAGGGGAGUUGGUUUUCCGCAAUCAAGAGGGUCUUUAUACCCCACUCCAAGGAGAAACUAGCCAAUGAAUCAGACAAGAAAAGUACAAAAGAAAAGAAAAAGAAGGGACUAGCGAAACUAAGGCAUGGCGAAACCAAUUCUUUCAUUCCUCUAUUCAGAGAACCGAGCAGUAUUGAGAAAAUUUUGGGGGAUGCUGAAAGAGAGCAUAGUUUAGUAUUUAGGCCUCCAACCCCACCUGAGCAACCUAGAACACCGCCUUUUGUGCCUGCAAGAGUUGCUUCUCCGAGGGUUCCUUCUCAAAGGAUUUCAUCUCCAAGGGUCACGUCUUCAAGAGUUGCUUCUCCAAGGGCUGCCUCUCCAAGGGCUGCUUCUCCAAGGAAUGCCUCGCCAAGAGCUUCUUCACCUAGAAUUGUUCAUCAGCAUAGGGAAAGACCGGAACCAACUCUAAGAUACCGUCAUGCUUGUGCUACUAAGAUUCAAGCAGCCUAUAGAGGUUAUAUGGCUAGAAGAAGCUUUAGAGCUCUGAAGGGUCUAGUGAGGCUUCAGGGAGUAGUGAGAGGACAGAAUGUGAGGCGCCAAACAGUGAAUGCCAUGAAAUAUAUGCAGCUUCUGGUGAGGGUUCAAUCUCAGAUUCAGUCAGGGAGAAUCCAGAUGCUAGAAAACCAGGCACGACGUCAAGCUCAAUACAGGAAUGAUAAAGAAACAGAAAGUACCUUGGGGAAAUGGACCUUUGGCCAGGCAUCUGAGGCAGGAAAUGAAGACUGGGAUGCUAGUGUGCUGACCAAAGAAGAAAUGGAAGCAAGGAUGCAGAAGAAGGUGGAGGCAGUCAUCAAAAGAGAAAGAGCCAUGUCCUAUGCAUAUUCCCACCAGUUGUGGAAAACCCCUCCUAAAUCAGCUCAAACAUCUGCCGGGGCGUUCCCGUGGUGGUGGAAUUGGUUAGAACGUCAGCUGCCUCCAGCUAACCCAUUGGAAAGUCAAACUAUGAAGAGUUUUCAACUCACACCACCAAGGCCAAUGACUGAUCAGCACCUAAAACCAAGCCCUCAGCCACAAUCAAGCAGUCACAACCGAUAUAGUUUUGGGUUCGACAUGGAUACUCCCACGCCAAAAUCAACGAAAUCAACCAUACUCCCUGCCACAAGAUACGCACGAAGUCCGGCUUUAGGUAAGGCCCCUCAAGGCAGCCCCAGCUUGUCAAAAUAUUCAAGAGCAAGAGCUAGUGGAGCCGCUUCUCCUUUUGACUUGCCAUUAAAAGAUGACGAUAGUCUCACAAGCUGCCCGCCCUUUUCGGUUCCAAACUACAUGACUCCUACAGUUUCGGCAAAAGCAAAAGCAAGAGCUAACAGCAAUCCAAAGGAGAGGCUUCCAGGGACUCCAAGCAGUGAAUCACAAAGAAGGCUUUCGUUUCCUUUGACGCCUAACAUUGGAUCAUUCAAGUGGAAGAAAGGUUUCUCCUUCUCUAAUAGCAAGGAGUCUAGCUCUCAGAGGGCCUUAGAUAAGAAUCAGUCAAUGCAAUCUUUAGGGAAUUUGAGUGUGGAUUCAACCGUUUCGAUGCCUGCAACGGUCGGGAGGAAGCCGUUUAACCGAUUUGUGUGAUGAUUUGUUUGUCAUUUUUUUUUCUUUUAACUUCAUGGUGUUCAUUUGAUUGAGUGUAUGUGAUAUGUUGAGUUACAAAGAUUACCAAUGUAAGAUAAUAAGAUUAAAAAUUAAAAGAAACUUUAGGA